AUGGACAAGAAAGAGGAAGACGAGCUGGAGUCCUUCCGCCGCCAGUGGCUGGAGGAGGUCAGGACCAGACACCCGUCUGCGCAGCCAGCUCAACAGGCUCCAGGACCAGGACCAGGACGAGCAGAGAGGAAGAAGUCGUUGCCGCCACAGCCACAGGUCCAGCUACCUCAGGAGGCGGCAGAUGAGAUAGACGAGGAUAGUCAUGUCAAGGUCGACACGUCCGAGCUAGACGGGGAGUUCCGGGCGUUGGACCUGGGUGUCGAGGAGAAGGCCCCCCAGUCAGCGUUGGAGCAUUUUGAGAAGGCCAUCGAGAAGGAGGAUCAGGGUAGGCUGGGUGAUAGUCUCAAUCUAUACCGGAAGGCCUAUAGGCUUGAUGCAAAAGUCGACCAGGCAUACAGCAAGAAACAUCAUGCAUCCAAGCCUCAUGCACCGGCAGCAGCAGCAGCUACAUCUACAUCUACAUCAAAUGCAUCAACGGGAGAAAAAAUAGUAAUAUCUUCAUUCGCUAACCUGCCCAUCCCCCCUGCUGAGCCUAUAAUAGAAAACACCCCGCCUCCACCAUGUCCGAUCUCCCAUCUGCCGUCAGAGGUGCUGAUAGAGAUACUCAAAGACGUCGCCCUGCUUGAUCCUGCCCUGUUUGCUCGUCUGUCUCUCGUCUGUAAGCGCCUGGCAUACCAUGUUGCCCAUGAACAGAAGAUAUGGCGUCGACUCUGCCAGGGCCAUGAGUUCGGACUCGCAUCCAUGCAUUACUCCUUUGCCUGUGAGAUCGAUGGGACGCCUUUGUGCCCUGCACCCGCCCUCGAUUCAGAUUCAGAUCCACAGAUUGUCCAUUCUCAUCCGUUUACGGCGCAGAUAACGGCCAGUAUACCCAAGCCGCUUACCAGCUGGUCGCAUGUCUUCCAGGCCUUCCCUCGGCUGCGCUUCACGGGUAUCUACAUAAGUACGGUCAACUAUACACGACCUGGCGCAAACUCGGCCAUGCACAGCGUCUCGUGGAACACGCCCAUCCAUAUUGUGACGUAUUACCGAUACCUACACUUCUAUCCUGAUGGCACUGUCUUGUCCUUGGUUACUACCACGGAACCCAUCGAGGUUGUACCCCACAUCACCAGGGAGAAUGUCGAUGUGCUUACCGCCAGCGCUGCCACGAAGAAACAUGCAAGACACAUCUCAGAUACCCCUGCUCCUGUACCUCAGACAACAUCGACGGCCAACCCGAUGUCGCCAACUGCCGCAGCGACGUUGAAGCAUACCCUUCGAGGCCGGUGGAGGCUCACUCCGCCAUUAUCUACAUCGUCCUCCGCAAAUCCAAGCUCAAGCUCAGCCUCGCCUCCACCACCUACCAACCACCAAAGAACUGAUAAAGACCCCGCUGCUUCUUCCACGCCUGACCCACGCGAUCUAUUCAUCGAGACUGAGGGCGUGGGUGAGAAGUAUAUGUAUACGAUGCAUCUAUCUCUCCGGUCCGUGGGCUCGCAUAAAUCUAAAAACACUAAACUCGAAUGGAAGGGGUUCUGGAGCUAUAAUCGGCUGACCGACGAUUGGGCUGAGUUUGGCCUCAAGAAUGAUCGGUCCUUUGUCUUUAGGAGGACCCAAAGCGAAAUACCAUCCUUUGGAACCAGCGUUGUCUACAAUUCCAAGUUAUACCACAAGUUUGUGCACGAGGAUGCUUCUUACUUGACCGUGCCUUUUACUAAAAAGGUUAUCACCUCCGUUGUCUCUCUUCCCGUCAACGCGCUCCAGGCAUGGAUUGGAGGCAGACUAUGUAAGCCUUACUGGGAUGAAUAUGUGCGUGGGUGGGUGGAACCCGAGCAAUCAAAGGGAAGAAUGGUCAAAUUAGAUGAAUGGCGCCAUGUGUUCAGGCACCUCACUGAUGGCGAAUCUGGCGGAAGACGGAAAUUUUCUGAAGACUUUCCAAAUACGUCACGAUGGAAGGCGAUUGAUUGGCAAGCAAGGCUGUUAUGGAAACUUCUAUCAGUAAACAAUGCCGACCGACACGGACCUUUCUAUGGCAAGAAUUUAGGCGAGGUUGAGAAAGCUUCUAGAACGUGGCAGGUGAUACUAAGACUUACGUUGGACGAACCUCAUGCACCAAGACGGAAUAAAAGGGCAAAGGUUGCUGGCAUGUUUGGGGAUUGGCAAAAUGAAGACAAGCAGACCAUUCCCACCAAUUCUGAGAACGGAGCCGCUCGCAUCUUUUGGAGAAAUGUACCGGAAGAGCUUGAGGAUCAAGGUGCAAAAAUAAAAAUCAUUCUAACUGAUUUAGUCACUUACUCCUACGAAAGUUUCCUGGAAAAGAUUGAUGUCGAGUUAGAGCUGAGAAAGCAUGGAUUUCGAAUUGAUCGGUUAAGUUUUCAGCUAGGACUUUCCGAGAAUCCCAUAUCCAGAGACACGUUCAAGGAAUUCCAUCAGCAUGCAGCAACGUCCAAACAAAGACUAUCAGUUAGCCUAACCACAGCUAAGGCCCUUGCUGAGUCGCAAAUUCCCGAUAUCCAAAAUGAGCAUACGUCGAGACAGCUGUUAUACGAACUUAUGGCAGCCGAAAGGGUGUCAAAAGAAAAACCCGACUUGACAGAUAGAUUCUGGCUUUGGGUUGCACUCCAACAAGCGUCGGAUUCUCGAGAGUCACCUGUUAAAAGUGACUGCGAGGUUACCCACGAGGCACUAAAUCCAGCAGAAGAAUGUAUAAGGUGGCUAUUCAAACCCAAAGACUCAGAUGAGGUCGGGGAAGAAACAAAGAAUGAGUUGUUGCUUCAUGAUUUAACCGACAAUGAUAUGCUGCAGUAUCGAGAGCAAGAAAAGUGGCUGGAUAAUCAAGACUUGCAGCGUCAGGGCCAUGAUGAGGCGUGCAAAGUCCUUGGGAUUCCAAACCCAAGUAUACCACGUUUGCCAGGCAUGCCAGUAAGUGCAAAGUUUGAAUUUUGGCAACCCCUGGCGGUGAAAGCACUCAAAGAAUUUGAACGCGGGUAUCUCCGGGGUGGCAUUCUAGCAGAUGAAGUCGGAAUAGGGAAGACUUUUGAAGCCAUCGGCCUCGAGCAAUACGACUGGAAUCUGAGGAAGGCAGCCAUUGAAUCGAAGGCCGAGGUAGAGGCCCCCAAACCGACUCUUGUCGUUGUGCCACCAAAUUUGAUCCCACAGUGGUCAUCCACAAUCAAAGCAGUGUCAACAGAUCUAAUUGUCAAAAUAUAUUACGGGAAAAAACAAAAGGAGGAAGCGAAUGAGGUAGAGUACCUGGGUGGUAUUCUCUCCAGAAACCACGAAGUAUUUGCUGAAACGGAGGAAACCGCACGAACUGUGAUCAUUACUUCAUUUCGCACUCUAAAUUCUCGCCACGGUCCAACAUCCCUAAAAAAGUGGAUACUAGAUACCAGUUCAGAGCGCGAGGGCUCUACUAGAAGUACGUCAGAGGCAGCGACGAUCGCGGAGUCAGAGAUGGCGGAGCUCACAAGCCCUCCAGAUGAAUGGGAGUAUAGGCUUAACGGUCUCUUUAAGAGGCUCAUCGUGGACGAAGCCCAUGAAAUCCGGAAUAAAAACACCCUUACGGCAACAACUUUGCGCUGGUUGCAGGCACCGGCUGUUUUACUACUCAACCCCUAUAUGGAAUGGGCUCUCCGAUAUGAUUGGACUUCUUUACCAACUAGAGCCACACAAAGAUCCUUGGUCCAAAGACUCGUUGAAUGA